CUUACUCUAAUAAUAUUUUUCGUGCACGUAAGCAGCCAAGAACAAAAUUCACUUUCAGUUUUAACACAGAGCCGUCGCAUGUUUGUAUUUCUUAUAGUUUCUCUUUGAAUUUAAACUUCUGCUUAAAUCGCAAUACAAUCACUGACCUCUGGCCAUGUUAUGAAAUAUUUAAAUAUCAACCAAUCAGAAGAAGGCAUUACGGUGUGAUAGGCUGCGUUAUCGAUUAAAAUCUACCUGCGGUAUACAGCGGGCACAGCGAUUGGAAUAGAAAAUAUUGCUAAACCAAACUGAAGUCAGUAGAAACCACUGAAAAUAAUGUAAACAUAGAAAUAAACAACCUACCUAAACUCCACACAAUCAUUUAAUUGCAACACACAAGUUCAGCGUUGGAGACAUGGCGUCACGUGGCCGACAGGAGACUUCCAAGUUGAUUGGGAACCUGGAGGAGCAGAUGGACAGACUAAUGUGUCAGCUCACUGACCUUGAGGAACUCAAGGAGGACCUGGAUGCGGAUGAAUACGAGGACACGAAACGCGAAACAAUAGAGCAGCUAAAGGAGUUCAAGGAGUCCCUGGACCGGAUGGUGGGAGGAGACAUCAGUCUGGUCGACGAGCUAAACAGCAUGCAGCUGGCCAUACAAGCAGCCAUUUCAGAGGCAUUCAAGACCCCUGAGGUGAUCAGAAUGUUUGCCAAGAAGCAGCCUGGGCAGCUGAGACAGAGACUCUCCGAGAUCAGUAGAGAUGAGAAGAUAGGCAAGAUUCCACACAGCCAGGCGGUGGGUCAGUCGGUGGAGAUCCUGACAGCACUCAAGAAGCUUGGAGAGACCCUCACACCCGAGGAGGAGGCGUAUCUACAGGCCAACUCCAGCACCAGUCUCCGGCAGUUUGAACAAGUCUCCAGCAACCUGGCUUCUGGAGACAAAGUGUUGGCGGUCGCAGGAAGUCAGGUGCAGCAAGCAAACAAGUGAUCAAGAUUUCAAGAUGUAACCUUUUAUAGCAUCAUUGGUUAGAAGCUUGGAACUUAGUUAUUGAUGUUUUACAUCAUCAUCGGUGAAAUCAAUUAUUCAAGUUUGAUAAUUGCCAUAACAAUAUUCUGACAAUUAUGCAAUAAAUCACUCACACAGGAACUUAUUAUUAUUUUUAUAAUAUUUUUCAAUGAAAGUAUAUUGAUGCAUGCUUUCUUACCGCUUUCUUAAUGUAAUUCAGGUAAUAAAUUGGUUUUCAGCUUUGUCUUGAAUGGAAAAUAUUCUGAGUAGACCUUAGCCCUAAUAAAUUUAAUAUUUACCCAUUUAUGCAUUUUGCUUUCUGACAAAUGCUUUUAUUUUCUUCUCUACUCUAGUAUUUAUAUAACUGAAUAACAUGUUUGUCCUGCAUAAAUCAUUACAAAUUUACUUACAUACAUAUUUUCAUUUAAGUGCCCUUACACUGCUUUACAAAAAAAUAAAAUAUUCCACUAUUAAAAUGAAUUCAUGUUAAAUUAUAGGUGAAAACCAUUAUGCUAAUGAGCUUGUCAUUACAGCAAAGAAUAUAUUGUAUUCAUGAAAAUUAGGUUAGUGAUAUCGUUAUUUAUUCUAGUGUUGUUUAUAUUGUUGUUCUUGGUAUAUAGAUAGAUGGUAAGAGUAAACAUUUCUUGAAAAUAACAACUAAAAUACUCAUCUAUGUGAAUUUGAUUUGUAAAUAUAACCUGGACAGGAAUAAGACUUGUUUUAAGGGGUAACCUGUAGUUAUAAUUGCAUGGACAAAAUGACGUCCAAUCUACUCUGGAACAACUCAUUACACACAUGCAUUGAGACUGGGGUUCAAAAGACUUUGCCUAAUUAAUAAGUUUUUAAAAUUUAAAUGUAUAAAUACAUGUCAUUUCCUUUAUUUUAUUACAAAAUGUUUACUCCUGAUGAAGGUCUUUGACCAAAACGUUGAGUGAAUAGAUAUUGAAAAACAAUGAAGUUGUUUCUCUGUUUUAUAUAAUUAUUUAAAUACAUGUCCAAAUUCUCUUGUGUUUUGUUAAUUUAAGGGAAAUAAAUUAUGGUCCAGAUGGUAUUGAUAAAAUAGAUUUUUUGGACAAAAGUAUCACAUCGGUUUGAUAUCAUGAAUAUCAAUAUUUAUGUCUAUAGAAAAACGAACAUUUUACUUAUCUUGCUUUAUUUUACAUAUUGUGUGUAUUGCAUUGAUUAAUUUAGAAUUAAAGUUUAUUCUAUAUGAUAUAUUCUAGUGCAACAUAAGUUUUUUUUGUAGAAAUUCUGUUUAUACUAGAAUUAUAUUUAUGUAAUAUUCCAAAUUAUAUUUUGUUCAUAAGCUUUGAUAUUUGUCGAACAUACGGAGAGUGGAUUGUGAACGGAUUUCAAACAGUUGGUUUUGUACUUUGGUAUUAUUGCAGAUUUACUUUAUUGUGUUAUUAAAAAACAUGUACAUGUUAAGAGAGCUGACAAAAUAUUGUUAAGCCCCAAGGACAGUAUUCAUUAAGCUUCAUUGGGAAAACUGAAGGGGAUACCAUACAUUCAUACAAUUCCUUGUGUCUGGAUAUUUCAUGUACUAUAUAAGUAUACCUGUAUUUUUUUCUGACAAUAAAAUGUAAAAAAUGAGCUUUUUUCACUUAAGUAAAACUUAAUUUAAGAUUUCCUUUAUGAGCUUUAAAAAUACUGGCCCUAGGGGAGUGUGAAUUAAAUCUCACACAGACAUUUGAGCUUUUUUAUGUCCCCCACUAUAGUAGUGGGGGACAUAUUGUUUUUGCCCCGUCUGUCUGUUGGUCUGUUUGCGCCAACUUUAACAUUUUGCUAUAACUUUUGCUAUAUUGAAGAUAGCAACUUCAUAUUUGGCAUGCAUGUGUAUCUCAUGAAGCUGCACAUUUUGAGUGGUAAAAGGUCAAGGUCAAGGCCAUCCUUCAAGGUCAGAGGUCAAAUAUAUGUGGCCAAAAUCGCUCAUUUUAUGAAUACUUUUGCAAUAUUGAAGACAGCAACUUGAUAUUUGGCAUGCAUGUGUAUCUCAUGGAGCUCCACAUUUUGAGUGGUGAAAGGUCAAGGUCAUCCUUCAAGGUCAGAGGUCAAAUAUAUGUGGCCCAAAUCGCUUAUUUUAUGAAUACUUUUGCAAUAUUGAAGAUAGCAACUUGAUAUUUGGCAUGCAUGUGUAUCUCAUGUAGCUGCACAUUUUGAGUGGUGAAAGGUCAAGGUCAGAGGUCAAAUAUAUGUGGCCCAAAUCGCUUAUUUUAUGAAUACUUUUGCAAUAUUGAAGAUAGCAACUUGAUAUUUGGCAUGCAUGUGUAUCUCAUGUAGCUGCACAUUUUGAGUGGUGAAAGGUCAAGGUCAUCCUUCACAAGGUCAAGGUCAUCCUUCAAGGUCAGACAUCAUAUAGGGGGACAUUGUGUUUCACAAACACAUCUUGUUUAUGGCUGAUUUUUGUCUUCCGGAUCAAGUAAUGUCCUUCUUUUGCUCAAGGUCAUGCCAGUUUAUAAUUAGUUUAAUAGUUUAUUAACUGUUGUGUGACAUAUUUUAUGCCCCUGGAUCGAAUGAUUAAAGUAUAUUGUUUUUGGCCUGUCAUUCUGAGGAAAACUUUAACCAAGCUUUAACCUUGGUUAAAGUUUUGCAAUAAUGAAUAGAUUUUGCAAUAAUGAAGAUAGCAACUUGAUAUUUGGAUGCAUGUGUAUCUCAUGGAGCUUCACAUUUUGAGUGGUGAAAUGUCAAGGUUAUCCUUCAAGGUCAAAGAUAUGGCCUCAAAGCGGCGUCAAAACUUUAACCUUGGUCAUAACUUUUGCAAUAUUGAAGAUAGCAACUUUAUAUUUGGCGUGAAUGUGUAUCUCAUAGAGCUGCACAUUUUGAGUGGUGAAAGAUCAAGGUCAUCCUUUAAGGUCAAAUUUAUGGCUUCAAAGCAGCUCAAUAGGGGGCAUUGUGUUUCUGACAAACACAUGUCUUGUUACUAAGAAGUAUGAAGUAUUAUUGUCUGUCUAAAGAAAUAAAAAUUCUUAACAAACAUAUUUAUAUUGUUGAAUUUUGCUUAUAUUUCAUGGAUGUUGGUGAAAUGUCAUAGAAAUAUCUCUAACAUUGUUAAAAAUUACAUACAAUUAACAAUUAAGAUAAAACAUUGUAUGUAAGAACAAAUUCCUACAAUAAGAUUAUUCCACUACAUAACUGUGGACAGCAGGGUAUGCUAUAUGUGGCAUUUUUAAUGCAGAGCAACAUUUUGUUAAUUUAAUCCAACUGUAGAUAAGUUCGGAAUAGUGUGCAAUAAAUGCUUAUGUAAGCAUGUGUAAAUUGUAGCAUUGUAAUUGUUAUAACAAAUAAAGCUAAAAUAUGAAA